GAGAUCGAGUGUUCACUGAAGUCGACUCACCACUGACUUCAAUGAGCAAGUUUAGGUUAUAAGGGUUACGUGUAUAAAUGGAAUUAUGUGUAAUGCUCCUUAAUUAUUUCUCUCCGUAUGUGACGUCUAAUUAAAUCCAUUAUGAUGUUAGAACACAAUAUUAGAUAGUUUGUGCACAGCGGUUGAUUUAAUCAAAUAAUUAUAUUCACGAACAAGAGAUAAUCUCAAUCAUCGCAAUCAUGGAUGAUCAAGCUUGUCCACGAUGCAAAACCACCAAAUACCGAAAUCCAUCAUUAAAAAUGAUGGUGAAUGUUUGUGGCCAUACAUUAUGUGAGAGUUGUGUGGAUUUACUGUUUUUAAAAGGUUCCGGAGCCUGCCCAGAAUGCAAAAUUCCACUGAGAAGAACAAACUUCCGAGUUCAAAUGUUUGAAGAUUCAAUGGUUGAAAAGGAAGUAAAUAUAAGGAAACGUAUCCUGCGAGAUUUUAAUAAAAAGGAAGAAGACUUUUCCACGUUAAGGGACUACAAUGACUACUUAGAGGAAGUUGAAACUAUAAUAUAUAAUUUAGCAAAUAAUAUUGAUGUAGCUGAAACAAAUAAAAAGAUAGAGCAGUAUAAGAGAGACAACAAGGAGCAAAUAGCAAAAAGCAAGUCCAAACUUGGCAGAAGCGAAUACGAAUUAGAGGAGAUGCUAGAAUUGGAAAAACAAAAGGAGGAAGAAAGGAGGAUAGAACUUGCGAGAGAAGAGGUGGAAAUAAAGAAGAAAAAGAUUCGCGAAAAAGAAGCCCUAAUAGACGAAUUAACAUUCUCUGAGGGAAAUGCUAAAAAUAUUCUUGAAUCUUUUGCUUCCGCACUACAAACUCAGAAGAAGGAGGCGAAAGCUUCUACUCCUUCCGCCAUUAGAGUUACUCAGUUUAGUACGGGAAUUAAAUUUGGUAAUCAGGGAAGUCAAAACUAUUUAUCAAUGCCAAAGAUAGAAGAAGGUCCCCUUUAUGCUUACAUACCUAUUGAACAACAAAUAGAAGGUCCAUCACCACCUAACUGGCGAGAGCUCCAAGCUCGUGGAUACGUUUCACAUGUACGUAGUGAAUGUAAGACUGACAGAGCAGGAGGAUUUAAAGCACAUGUUGCAUGCCUACGAGCAUUGCAGGAAGCAAUGGCUGGCUUGUACCAUAAUCCUUCGCAACGACAGGCAGAGUUUGCAACUGUAUGACUACAUAAAUUAUUUUCAAACAAUGAAUAUGAUAGUGCACUAAUGUCUGUUUUGAUUCUUUGAUAAGUAUUAAUAAGUCAUUAAUUAAGUUAUUAAAAGAGAUAUUUCUGUUUGUCAAAUGUGUGAUAAUCAAUUCAGAAAAGCAACUGUGCCUUGAACAUAAAUUGUUGUAUAUAUGAUACAACAUAAUAAAUUGCCAAAGCAGUUUUAUAAUCAGAUAA